AUGAAUGUGUUCAGCUGGGACCAAGAUUUGCUGGUAGCCAGAUUGGUGUCUAUACUGGUGCUUCUUUUGCUUCUGCAGGUGCCUCAUAUUGUCAGCAAGAAUAUGGACAACAGAUUAGGCCAGCAGCCAAAGCUUCAAAAUGACAUUGGCAUUCCACAGAAUAUUGUCAUUGGUGAAUUUGUCUCUUUUCUAAUCCAUGAUUUUAAUGAGAUCCCAUAUGAUACAACUCCAGAUCCAAAAAUGAAUAUCUACCUAUUGCCGAAUUACUAUCACCAAGUCCUUGUCUUUACGUUUGCCAUGAAUGAGAUCAACAAGAAUGUCCACCUCUUACCGAACACAACGCUGACUUCCAUGUUUGCUCAAAAUGCUCACAAUGAAAUGGGAACUUCUCAUGGGACUAUGGAUCUCCUUUUCCGAAAACAGGGGAAUCCACUUAACUACAUGUGUGGCAAGACAUACAAGCUAAUGGCCAUCAUUGGGGGACUCACCUCUCAUAACUCCAAGCAGAUGCCGCACAUCUUAAAUAUCUACAAGAUGCCACAGGUGCCUCAUAUUGUCAGCAAGAAUAUGGACAACAGAGUAGGCCAGCAGCCAAAGCUUCAAAAUGACAUUGGCAUUCCACAGAAUAUUGUCAUUGGUGAAUUUGUCUCUUUUUUAAUCUAUGAUUUUAAUGAGAUCCCAUAUGAUACAACUCCAAAUCCAAAAAUGAGUGUCUAUGCUGGGGAAGAAAUAUUUUUUGAUAAAAAUGGAGAGUUAGCAACUGGUUAUGAUAUCAUCAAUACGGUCACAUUCCCCAAUCUAUCAAUCCAUAGAGUCCGCAUUGGAAUGAUGGACCCACUGGCUCCUGAAGGAAAAAAGUUCACCAUUGACAAGAGUGCUAUUGUGUGGAAUCAAAAGUUUAACCAGAUCCUACCCAAAUCAACAUGUGUUGAGAGUUGCCCUCCUGGACACAGCAGGAUUGUGAGAGAGGGAGAACAGAUUUGUUGCUAUGAUUGUCCUCAGUGCUCAGAAGGAAUGAUUUCAGACAUGACAGAUGCAGACCAGUGCAUCAAGUGCCCUGAGGAUCAGCAUGCAAACAAGAAGCAGGAUCACUGCAUCCCUAAACAUAUCAGCUUCCUAUCACAUGGAGAGCCCUUGGGAAUUCUUCUGACUUUGUUUGCUCUCUUUAUUUCUCUCAUCACUCUUGUAGUAAUAUGUAUCUUCAUUCAACAACGCAAUACUCCCAUUGUCAAGGCCAACAACUGGAACAUCACAUGCACCCUCCUGACUUCCCUCUUGUUUUGCUUUCUGACAUCCUUCUUAUUCAUUGGAAAGCCUGGGAAGUUGACCUGCCUUCUCCGACAAACUGUUUUUGGAAUCAUCUUCUCCCUCGCUGUUUCUUGUGUGUUGGCUAAAACUAUCACUGUGGUUCUGGCAUUUAUGGCCACCAAACCAGGAAAAGGGAUGAGGAAAUGGGUAGGGAAGAGGCUGGCGGUGUCUGUCAUUGCCCUCUGUACUUUUAUUCAAACUGGCAUCUGUGCAGUGUGGCUGGCAACAUCUCCUCCCUUCCCAGAGCUUGACAUGCACUCCCAUAUUAGCCAGAUCAUUGUGCAAUGCAAUGAAGGAUCAACUCUUAUGUUUUAUACCAUCCUGGGCUACAUGGGGCUUCUGGCAAUGAUGAGCUUCACUGUGGCCUUCCUUUCAAGGAAGCUGCCAGAUACUUUUAAUGAAGCCAAACUCAUCACUUUCAGCAUGUUGGUGUUUUGCAGUGUUUGGUUAUCCUUUGUUCCAACUUACCUGAGCACAAAGGGGAAAUACAUGGUGGCUGUGGAGAUCUUCUGCAUUUUGGCAUCUGGUGCCGGAUUGUUGGGUUGCAUCUUCCUCCCCAAAUUCUACAUUAUCAUGCUGAGGCCUGAGUUGAACACAAGGGAUCAUCUUGUAAGAAAAAAUAUUAUGGUACCUAAGUAA